AUGGAAAGUGGUGCAAUUGGAGAUGAACAACUGACUGCUUCCAGUAGCUUUGAUGUGAUAAGUGUGGGACCACAAAAUGCCAGAAUCCGCAAAGAACUUGCGUCAGGUGCUUGGUGUCCUAAGCCACAAAUCAAAGAAGGGUCAUAUGAAUUUUUGGAGGUAGAUUUCAAAGAAGUACACGUGAUAACAGGAAUUGAAACGCAAGGUCGUUAUGGAAAUGGUACAGGUCGGGAAUACACCACACAUUACAUGAUUGAAUACGUUAGAAUGGAAAGUCCAUGGAUACGUUAUCAUAAUAGAAGUCUUAUCGAAGUAAUUGAUGGAAAUGAAGAAACUGCAAAUUCUGUAAGACGUGACCUUGAUCCACCGAUUCUUGCUUCACGUAUCCGAAUUGUACCAUUUUCAAUGUAUGCAAGAACUAUGUGCCUUAGAGUAGAAUUUUAUGGAUGUCAGUAUGAUGAAGGCCUAAUGUUUUAUUCGAUGAAUAAUGAUGGUUCAAGACUUGAUAAUUACGAUUUUCGGGACAAAAUUUUCGAAAAAUCAACCAUGUUUAGUCAUUUUACGGGUACUAAAAAAGGUUUAGGACUGCUCACAGAUGGUGUGAUCGGUGUAGCAAAUCCAUUAGAAAAUAUUAUCAGCGAUGAUAAUGUGAUGCCAUCUUGGAUUGGAUGGAAUCGACUGAUAACAAGUACAAUCACUGCUGCAAAUGAUAUAAAAUCUUUUCUCAUUUAG